AUGGCGUCCUGGGAAACUUCAUGUGGCACAAGCUCCUUAGAUUCUCAUCGAGACACUGAGUCAGGAAGACUGGUUAACGAGUCACCGAGUCUCUUCUCCGACUCAACUCGGCACUCCAUCGAACUGUUACCCUUGCUAAGCUGCCUGGUUGGCUCAUCCCCACCAUCAUCAAAUCAAGGAAAUAAGGAGAUACUGGAAGAUAAUGGCGAUUAUGGAGAUGCAACGGUCGCAUUGCACAUAGGCCUACCAGAUUGGUCGAACGAGCCCACCGAGUUGAAUGAGAAGAAGGAAGGGAUGGUCGCAGCUGCCCAGUAUUGGAUACCGAGUCCGGCUCAGAUACUCAUCGGGUUCACCCACUUCUCAUGUCCUGUUUGUAAUAAAACCUUCAAUCGCUACAACAACUUGCAGAUGCACAUGUGGGGACAUGGGUCUCAAUACCGGAAGGGACCCGAGUCGCUGAGGGGAGCUCAGCCCAGGACCAUGUUAGGUGUUCCAUGCUACUGUUGCGCGCAAGGGUGUAGGAACAACAUCGAUCACCCCAGAGCAAAGCCCCUCAAGGACUUUCGCACGUUGCAGAUACACUACAAGCGGAAGCAUGGUGCGAAGCCAUUCAUGUGCCGCAAGUGUGGUAAGUGCUUGGCUGUGAAAGGUGAUUGGCGGACCCACGAGAAGAACUGCGGCAAGCUCUGGCUUUGUCACUGCGGCUCUGACUUCAAACACAAGAGAUCGCUUAAGGACCACAUUAGAGCAUUUGGGUCGGGUCAUGGCUCGGUUUCUCCUGCUGCCCAGGGUUCCUUCAAUGCAGAAUAG